AUGGCAGGCCCUAGCCGACAGCGCCCACCAUCCCCUGCGACAGCGUAUCUCUUUCAUCACGUCGCACUUCCUCCGAAGCUUCCUCAAGCUUCCGAUCACGAUGCUGCGUUCGAGAAAUAUCUUAUUGAUAUAGCUCUAGAGGCACUACGCGACCUCAAAGCUUCCACCACGACCCAGCACAAGUACACGGUCAAUAUCGCCAUCGCCACUGUCACAAAUCUGAGGGAAGCACAUGAUAGUCUUGGUCAAGUCAGUGAAGCUCAGUUGCGACCGUUGCUGAGCCGCCUACUGGACGGCACAUGCACUGGCUCCAUACCUCUUGAGAUAAAAGCUCAGAAUUCUGGAAUCCUGAUCAGCCGGAAGGAUAACUACAUCACUUUCGAAUGUUUCGAGCUAUCACCCACGAAUAAUAACGCUAUGCUCAACGGUCGCCUGCUACGCAGCUUCCCUGGUCUUGCUGCCAGAAUUGCAAUACCCAAGCUGCAAGAGCCUGGUUUGGUUCACAUGCUUUCCGAAACGUUAGCCAAGAUGAGUACACAAGUCGCGCCAGGCUUCCAACCUCAAGUCCGAAAGGCUGGUCAGAAUCACGACGAGGUUCGCGAUACAACUCAUCCCGGAAUGGUGACUGAUUAUCUCUUAAACGUCAUCACUUCCCUUGGCGAGAAGACGGACGUGGCCUGCAUCACCAAACACACUCGAGAGGAAAUCUUGUGGGACAAUGCUCUCCAACCAUGGCGUCGAUCCCCAAUGUGGCUCCUCAUUCGUGUGGUUCUGCAGCUACACUUCGCCAGGUCACAGUCAACGCUCUCUAUCGGUGACAGCUUGUACAAGGCUUUCGGGAUCCAAAUGCUUGUCCGCAUCCUCGGGUCUGCCAGGAGCCAUUGGUCAUCCUUUGGUAAUGAUCACCUUCAUGUGCUCAACGCCAAGAUCCUUCGUCGUGUACGUAAGCUCGAAAUGCUAUCGAAGUUUCAAUGCUUGAAAGCUUCUUGGAUCUGCGAUAUACGAUCCCUCCUGGUCGAUACAUUCACCUUCAUGGACAAGAAGUGGAGAACACUCACCGACGAUACCAGCACGAACCUCAGCAUUUCUACAAUUGAGUCUCUGCGACCUGAGACGUCUCUUGAUAUGCACUUGCCUGGAUUGGACAAGUUCAUCCUCGAUGUCCGCUCCAGACAAUCGACACAAGCUUGCGCAGAAUUCGACCCAGUGCUUCCGUAUCCCACUUUUGCGAGCGAAACUCUGCCAAAGAAGUUUUCUGCGUCUGGCGAUUACCGACACUUCCAGCUUGCUGCAUUGGAGUCAUGGGUUGAGAACUAUCUCCAAGAGUGGAUUGAGAAUCAUCAAAAUGACAACGACACUUGCACUGAACUCCUCAUCCUGAUCCGGGCUUAUCACAGCUGCGCCGUUUCCGCAUACUCAGAUCUUCCAGUAAGCUUGUCCGUCAUGUAUCUGACCGUUCUCGAACUGUGGGUCGCCUGCGACAGGGCAGCAUGUGACGACGUCCCUUUGCUAUCGACCUACAGUCCAGAAAUCGAAUUGGCUGAGCUUCAGUGUCUGGUCCUUCCUCUCCGCACCCAGAUGAAGCGCUUGGACAUCGUUGAGAAGUAUGUUCGAUCGCGAAAUGUAGCCGCCAUAAACAAAGUUUCGCUGUAUCGCGACUUUGGCAAAGCUCAGUCGUUUGCUGUCAAAUACUUCGACCAGACCUCCCGCCUCCAAGAUCUCCGGUCGAAGAUUGAGGAAGAUGCAGACACCAAACGCAAGCAUAAGUGCGAGGAGCUGGCACAACUCAAAACAAGAUAUGAGAGCCUUAUGAGCCGUUACAGCGCCGGUAAAUGCGAGUACGUCACGGUGGUCACCAACCAUCACCACAAUUACACCACCACUGUGCACAAUGGCAGCUGCUCAAGAUGCUCACUGAAGCAAGAAGCUGAAUCUCUCAACAUCAGCAUCUACGAGUGGCCUCUAUCUCCGCAGAACCUGUCUGCAAAGGCUACUGUUUUCGAGCUGGCGAUUCCCGAGACAUUCAGCGCUUGGCGAGAUGCUUCAGCGUACAUCAUUCAUGAUUUACUUGGGUUCAAGGCCGAGUCUAUGCAGAAACCUCGGAACUCUUACCGACUUGACAACCAUCGCGACUUGUCUCACAUGCUCGACCGGAGCCAUCAUUCACGGCGCAUAAUACCGCUAUCAUCCGUGAAGCCUCACUCAGGCACUCAUCGCAAUCUCAAGACAGCUGUCUCUACCCUCAAAGACGAAGAUGUCUGUCUACCGAAUGCGUUGCAAUAUCUAUACUAUGAUACCUGUCAAGCCAUUUGGACGUCGCCCCAGAUCUCUUCCGGCCAGGUCCACCAGAAGUGUAUGCACCGGAUGCCAGGUCGUUCAAGGGGCCUUGAGCGCUUUUUGAGUAAGCCGACGUCUUCUCCCGACGGCCUCACACCUAAUGAGGUGGUGGCCAGUCAGUCAGAUUGUCCACCGCAUUUCUCUAUCGAAGAGUACAAGGCUUUUGGAGCACUCCCGCUCGGUCGAAACAUCUUCUACUCGAACAUACUUACACAACUCGCAGCGCCAACGCUUGAUUUCUCCAAAGUUGAGACACAGUGCUUGAUAUUGCAGACUGUAACUCAGGUGGGCGUUCCAGACGGUCGCGUCGAGCGCGCAAGCCACCACGUCCUCACAGACCCGGCCUUUGGCACUACAAUGAUGGAGCAUUUGGAAACUGCUCUGCAGCGUACAGCAGAGAAUUGGGAAUCUUGGAGGGCGGUUGCAACGCUCGUUCGUCUUGCUUGCCGCAUACUCAGUCUGACACCUGCAUCAGACGUCCGCCAGCGCAGUCUGGAUUUUCUCAGCGGAGCUCGCCAGGUCGCCGUCAAAUGGCACCACCGCCUCAAGAGCCGAGCAGCUGCGUCAACUGAUGACAGUCAGCGUACAGAAUUGUUCGCUAGAGCUGCAGAGAUCGCUCUACUCGGGACCAGUACCUUCGAUGUCGAAUACGAAUUUCUCCGCACCGUCCUGCAACAGCAAGGUGCGGUCUCGUCCCUCUUGCAAUGCUCAAUAUCGGUACAAGAGAAUCUGCAUCUGAUAUUGGGCUCGGAGAAUUUGCAGGACUGCGCCCUUCAAGCAUGGCGCUCAUUGAUGUAUCGCAUGUUUCCAGAGUUACUCAGGACGAUCAUGCAUGAUUGUUCCGGCCUAAACGAAGCAGUGUCUACGAGCUGGGCGUCUUUUCAAUCAACAGAGGCUACUCCUUGGAAAUCUCUGAACAAGCCUAAGCAUCAUUGGUUAUACAUCUUCUCGGGCAAGCUUCCAGUCCACGUCAAUCUGCUGACGGGAGAGCUCCUGGUCAAUGGCCUGCCACUGACCCGCCUUCCAUCGGAAUACUUAGUCCAUCCGAUGUACACGCCCUUGUUCUCUGCUUCAGCCUUAGAAGUUGUUCCCACUGAUGAGGUCGGGAUGAGGUUCUCCGCUAAAACCACUUACCACGGCCAUGAGCUCCAUUUUGGGAUGGCCAAUGGAGACAUGCUUGUGGUCGCAAUCUGUGUUGAGAAGAAACUAGACCUGACACCGGCACAAGUGUUCGAGGGUCGAUUGCCACACGCCUUUGUAGCUCACUACAUCCAUUGGUAUGAUCACAGGACCAGCACAGUCAUCUUUCGACCACGCGAGAAUCCUUGGCACUCCUCAAGUGCUGAUGAAUGGCACCUUCGACGUCACGGAUCUCAUUGGCGCCUCUCGAAAGGCCCACACACGCUGGUGAAUGUUUGUAGCAGCAAUGCCCGCACGCUCUCAGCGCUGCUCAAACUUGUAGAGGAUGAGCUGCAUAUCCACAUUAUACACGAUACCUCGUCUCGAUCGACCGAGAUACAGCUCCCUCGACUGCAACUUGACUUCCAAGUCACCGAUGGCGAUGAUCAGAUUCGCUCACGUCAGUAUCGAGGCAUGAUUGUGGACGAAGACCAGAGAGUAGGCACCCUUGUUGGUCUAACCAGCAAAAUCGUUCUGCGCAACACUAUGUCUACGAAUGACAGAUUGGUGUUGAUCCCUGAGGGUCCUGUUCGCUUUAGCAAAACUCGAGAUCACCACGUGUCAGUGACGAUUGGCCGGCAGGACGAUACGAAAGUCCACGCAUACCAGGUUGACACGACACUCGGACGGAUUUUAGACAAUGGUGCACUACAGAGCAAGCUCAUGCUAUGCUACUUGCAUGCACUCACAUCACAUUGUCUGCGCGAUCCUCUCACAGGCAACACUGGGACUGAAGCAGCACUGAAAAUUCUGAGGUCUUCAGCUGUCCGCUCUUUCGACAUACUUACGCUCGAUAACAUCAGAUUGCUGAAAAAGAUCGCUGUGCUCUCGCCAUCCCGAUCGUUCUAUCCAGCCAACGAGCAUGUCAUGCAACAGAUUGAAUGGAAGACGGACCUGUCCUGUCUCUCGCAGCAUGGUGAUUUCCACUUUCUGGUCAAAGAGAUUCUGAAACAUGAGGAGAAGAUGUCGUUGUUCCGCUCGAGCAAUUUGCUCGCUGGACUUGACCCGGACGAGCUGGCCUGGAUGUCAUCCGUAAAUUUUGGUCUUCAUCAACGAGCUUCAGCACGUGACUCCGUGUUUCGGGUUUCCGGAUUUGGAGCCGAGCUGUUCACAACAAAGAUGGAUAGUACUUAUCAGGCGCGAGAUCGACCGCUAAACUCUGACCGAGGUCAGAGAGCUUUUACUGUCGCCAAAAUGACUGUCCGAGAACCCGCUACACUCGACUCGUCCGUCCCCAAUCUUGCUACUAUUCGGCAACAUUUCAGACGAACGAGAGCUUACGGCGCCAAAGACAAGGACAGCACACUGGCUUUGUGCUAUGAUUCGAAGUGGUUGGACGACCCGUCAACUAUAAUGGAGGGGCUUUGGUGCACCCUCCAUCAUAACCUGGCGUCCUCUCGUGCGAGCUACAAUAAGUUUGACAUCAUGAUCUGGUUGUCAGCCAUGGCAUUUGCAUCUGAGGUGGAUAUGAACAUUAUCAGAGCUCUGCUCGCAUUCUACCGGAUGCCGGAACUGGCCACCGUUCAGGUGCCACGAACAACUUGCUUCGAAUUGACGCAAGGAAACACCUUCAAGCUCCAGGAGAUUCGUGCGGCUGCUCAAAAGGCUGCACGAUCUUACAAGGGCUCCCAAGAAGCCAAAAUGCCGAAGCAAGGCUCCGAGACCAAAGAUCAACACUUACACAGGAUAGAAAACUUGUUCCGGGUCCGAUCACGGGCAGCAAUCGAUAAUUUCGUCAACAACCUGCAGGAACAAUGGCCAUGUGAGGAUCCUUCGACACCGAGCGGUGGUAGCAUCAAUACGUUCAUCGAUUGCGGUGUCGGAAUGGAUGUUGUCAGGCGUGCGUUCAAGUUGUGGUACGACAACCGUAGCUUCGAGAGAUAUAUGGAUGCUACCUCAGACAUCAUCCAACGCUUCCAGGCACUCCGCAUAGUCGUUCCUCGCUUUAUUGUAAUGUCCACAUUACCGAAGAUUUCUGCUCAGGAAGUUGAUCGACACUGCAACUCUAUUGCUAUCUUUGGAAAUUCUCCACCGACUGUAUCCACCUACCAAUCGGAUGGUAAUCCAGACACACUCAUUACGCCGAGCCAGCCAAGUCUGCCCUUGUCACAGUCGAAGAGCGUCUCCAUCGUCUCCGAGACACGUGCUCGAGUCGAUGACUUCUGCUCGACUUUGAACUCAUGUGUACGAUCGGCAUGUGAGCAAAGAUAUGUCGAUGACCUGCGAUCCAGCUGCGAUUCUUUUCAUGAACAAGAGCGCGUCAAGAAGGCGGAUGAUUGCCUUAUCAAUGAUCACGCUCAAACCCUCUUGCGAGCCCAUCUGAUCGCUUGCGAAGAUUACGUCGAGAAGUUCAAUAUUAGGCUUACGGAAGUUCUCGAGCUCGGGAUUUUUCAGAGCACCGCGCUUGCAUCGCAGAUUGGAAUGUCCCCCCGUACAUCACCGAUGUUCUGGCUGAGCCUACUGAAUCGUGAUCGAUAUGACCGUCUUCCGAAACGAUGGCAGGCUGCCAUUAUUCAAUACGGCCUGGCUAUCACCAAUCUACAUCGAGCGCAGAGGUUGGUCGCUCUAUGUGACAAACCCGUCGAACUGAAUGAAGAGCUUCGCCACAGAGGUAAUGUCAACUGGAAUCCAGCCGAUUACCCUGAGACUCUGCUUCUCGAAGCUGAGAGUGGUAUCAUGGUUCGGGAAGUCCAAGCCCAGAUCGCUGAGCAUAUGAUGCACCCAGAGGGCAACCAUAAUACUGUCAUGCAGCUGAAUAUGGGCGAGGGUAAGUCGUCUACGAUUGUUCCCAUUGUUGCUGCCUCUUUGGCGGACAGAGAGAGGCUUGUCAGGGUCAUAGUAGCCAAGCCUCAGAGUAGCCAGAUGCUGCAGAUGCUUAUUGCAAAACUGGGCGGCCUCAUCGACCGCCAAAUUUACCACAUGCCCUUUUCCCGGGAUCUCCGGCUAGACGAAAAUGAUGCUCGGGCCAUACGUACGAUGUAUGAAGAUUGUAUGGCCAAUCGAGGGAUCCUCUUGAUUCAGCCCGAACACAUACUGUCAUUCAAGCUUAUGGGUAUCGAGUCCCUGCUCACAGAGAAACCUGCGACAGCAAGACUUCUUCUCGACACCGUGCAAUGGUUCGAUCAAGUCUCUCGUGACAUUGUUGACGAGAGUGAUGAAAACUUCAGUGUCAAGUUUGAGCUCAUCUACACAAUGGGAUCUCAGCGAGCCAUUGGAUUUGCACCAGACAGAUGGCUACUCAUACAAGAAGUUCUCGGCUUGAUUCCAAGGCUGGCGACACAAGUUCAGGCUACCCUACCACUUUCGAUCGAAGCCCAAGACGGUAGCGAUGGCCGAUUUCCGCGAGUGAGAAUUCUUCGUGAUGAUGGAGCCGAGGCCCUGCUUGCUCUCCUUACGGAGCACAUCAUCAAAACUGGUCUGACAGGACUCCCGAUCUGUGGUCAGCCCAGGAGAGUCCAAGAAUCUGUCAUGGACUACAUCUCUAUGGCAGAUUUAACCCUGGAACAGGUUCAUGCGGUAGAGCAGAGCAGAUUCUGGACUUCUGCCACCAAAGAACCAUUGCUUCUCAUCAGGGGUCUCCUCGCUGGCGGUGUCUUACGGUUUGCACUGACCCAGAAGCGUUGGCGUGUCAACUACGGCCUCGAUUCUACUCGCGUCCCGCACAUUCAGCUUGCAGUUCCAUAUAAAGCCAAAGACUCACCGUCACCGAGAUCGGAGUUCUCUCAUCCCGAUGUUGUCAUUCUUCUGACACUUCUCAGCUACUACUACGGCGGUCUGAAAGAUCAAGAACUCUUCGAUUCAUUCGCACAUUUACUGAAAUCUGAUCAUUCCAACAUCCACUACAAUGAGUGGGUACGCACGGCAGCUCCUGGUCUUCCCGUCGCAUUCCGUCAGCUGUCUGGGGUGAGCAUCAAGGACCGUGUCAUGUGUAUUCAGCAAAUCUUCCCGCAUUUGCGUUACGCUCGCGCCGCAAUCAAUUACUACCUCAGAUUUCUGGUAUUUCCGAAGGCGAUGAAAGAGUUCCCUUCCAAGCUCUCGGCUUCAGGAUGGGAUCUGGGCGCCAAAAAGGAGCAUCCUACAACCGGCUUCAGUGGUACCAACGACACUAUGCACGUGUUACCUCUUGCAGUCAAACACCUGGACUUGCUGAGUCAGAGUCACACCAACGCUCUGGUUCUUAGUUACAUUCUACAGCCCGAGACGUCGGUUGAGCAACUAUCACCUCGGUCUAACGGCACAGACGCGGAGCAUUUGCUUACUGUUAUUAAUGGCCUACAGCCAGAAGUUCGUGUCGUACUCGACGUCGGCGCAUUGAUACUUGAGAUGGACAACACUCAGGUUGCUCAGUGUUGGUUAUCCAUGCGAAGAGACGAUCGGACAGAAGCAGUAGUGUUCUUCAAGGGCGAAGAACUGACUGUACUUGAUGUCAGUGGACGCAUCGAUUCGUUCCAGACAUCGCCAUUUGCAAAGCAACUUGACCGGUGUCUGGUAUAUCUUGACGAGGCGCACACUCGAGGCACGGAUCUGAAGCUCCCAAGAGACUACAGGGCAGCAGUGACACUGGGUGCGAACUUGACCAAAGAUCGUCUGGUUCAGGCUUGCAUGCGUCUUCGGAAACUUGGGAAGGGUCAGUCGGUAGUAUUCAUGGCCCCGCAAGAGAUCUGCAUGAAGAUUCGGGAGCGAAGGCAAGCAAAGGUCGACACUGCAGUCACAGUCACCGAUGUCUUGUGUUGGAGCAUCGGCGAGACCUGGCUCGAUCUGUCACGGAGCAUGCCCCUCUGGGCUGUUCAAGGCCACCGCUACAAAACGCACAAGCAUCUUCUGAACGGCGCUACCACGACAUUAGCGCAGGCUGAAGCUUUUUUGGAGGACGAGGCUCAGAGUAUCGAGGACCGAUACAAGCCAAUAUUGCGGAGCACUAGUCAAUUCUCCGGAUGGGAUGCGACUAACCCGAGCAUCAAGCAGAUCCAGUCUCGCUGUCGGGAGUUCGAGGCUAUGGGCUUCAACUCAGCUACGCUCCAGGAAGAACAGGAGCGUGAACUCAGCCCUGAGAUUGAAGAAGAACGCCAGAUCGAGCGACCACUCAGGAUGACGGCUGAGAAGCACACUAUUCAUCCAGAUCUAGUGCAAUUAUCACAUACUGGGCAGCUUCCUAGGUCUUCACCCGCCUUCCAGCCCGCUUUCCAGGCUCUCAAUUCGACCUGUGCCGCCCGGGAUUUCGACCUUGUUCAAUUCCCGAAGGACCUGCUAGUCACUGCAGACUUCAUACGAACAGUACAGAUUCCUGCUGGCUCGAAACAGGCAGAUUUUGUGUCCGAUUCCUACCUGAGGCCAGUCCAGUGGAUCCUUUCGGUCACUAACGCGACUCAUCCGGACACAAUCCAACAGCUGAUCAUCCUAAGCCCUUUCGAGGCAAACUCACUGCGUUCUACGAUCGAAGAACAUAAAAAGGUGACCCUGCACCUGUUCGCGCCGCGCUUCAACGUUAGUCUCGCUCCACUUGACGAGCUCAAGCUGUUCAACGUUGGUCGCAACUUCGAUGGCAGCCGAGUACCGCAGUCGCUUACGGUGCAGCUCAAUAUCUUCGCUGGCAGUCUUUAUCUUCGCUCAUUCGCUGAGUACCAGGCGGUCUGCGACUUUUUGGGUCUGCUGCGAGGCACACUCGGGCCUGAUCAGCAAGCCUACGCUGACGGCUUCAUCGACCCGCCUAGCGGAGGGUGGGGGUUGAGGACUUCUCCAGUUCAAUUCCUCCGUGCUCUGCUCAUGAAGAUCAGGAAAGAGGGUGAGGGCGUCGAGAAGACACACAUGGGUAGGUUGUUGGGCGGUGUUCGUCUGGAGGAGUCUGAUUUCGAUACUGGGGCUCCUCCAUCUCAGGGAGGAGCAGGAUCUGGUGCUCCUGGUCAUUCACUUCUGCGAUGA